AUGCUCACCAAUGAACGCGAGCCAGCGGACGGCUGUGACGGCUACGAUGGCUCCUCCAAUUCCACCAACAACAAUUCGAACUCCAACUCCAUCUCCAACAGAUCAUCUCGGACGCGAGGAGACGGCGCCGAGUCGCCGAACCGCUUCACCGACGGCGGCGGCCAAAGCCACCAUCACCAGCACCAGAACUUGCAGCAAAGCUCGCGGAGAAGGCGCAGCUCGCCGGCGAUGAAUUCAAAUUCGAACUCCAACAACUCCAACAACCACAGCCACAACAGCAGCAGCAGCAAAGCAGGCAGCCCCAGCGACUCCACGGAAGACCUGAGCAGCCUCCGCUGUUCCAGCCUCCAAAUGGAGGCCGUCCAGAAGAAACAACAGCAACAACAAGCCAGAGGCAACCGCCAGCCCACCGCCGGCUACCCGGGCCUCGCCUUCGGCUCGCCCAUGUUCAGCAACACCAUCUUCAAGUUCAAUCUAAUAGCAAAUGAACUCCGCGACCUGAAGGUCAACCAGCUGAAGCGGGCCGAGGGCGAGGUGGAGACGCUGCAUCGGCGCCUCGAGGCCAUCGAGGCGCACCUGGAGCGCGGCCGCGAAUCGCUUCGCCUCACCGGCGCCCAGCUCGAGGAGGCCCACCAGGAGGCGGUGGCCGACGAGCGGCUACGGGAGCAGCUCGAGGACGUUCGAUGCUCCGACCUGGAGGCCUGCAAUGAUUCCUCCUCCUCUUCCUCCUCCACCACUACGUCCACUUCAACUGCUUCCUCGUCGAAGCAGCUCGAAGCGGCCGAGGACGACCGAAUUAGCUUUCUGCAGGCGCAGCUGGCCGCCGCCCGGCGCAUUGCCGAGGAGUCGGAGCGGAAGAUGGCCGAGGCGAGGGCGAUGGUGAUAGCUAAAGGAGGUACAGGUGCUACCACAAACUCCACCGCUUGA